AUGCCCACCUUCACUGCCAGUAUGGCCACCUUCACUACCAGUAUGGCCACCUUCACUACCAGUAUGCCCCCCUUCACUACCAGUAUGCCCACCUUCACUACCAGUAUGCCCACCUUCACUACCAGUAUGCCCACCUUCACUACCAGUAUGCCCACCUUCACUACCAGUAUGCCCACCUUCACUACCAGUAUGCCCACCUUCACUACCAGUAUGCCCACCUUCACUACCAGUAUGCCCACCUUCACUACCAGUAUGCCCACCUUCACUACCAGUAUGCCCACCUUCACUACCAGUAUGCCCACCUUCACUACCAGUAUGCCCACCUUCACUACCAGUAUGCCCACCUUCACUACCAGUAUGCCCACCUUCACUACCAGUAUGCCCACCUUCACUACCAGUAUGCCCACCUUCACUACCAGUAUGCCCACCUUCACUACCAGUAUGCCCACCUUCACUACCAGUAUGCCCACCUUCACUACCACGUCGUGUUCCAGUCAGUCGGUGCACUGGUGCUCAGAGAGUGAUAAAGGAGCAAUAUAUUCCAUACAAGGACACAAGGUGGCCGAUAUCGCUACUGCUAAGAUAUCGCCACAUAAACUUUGCACCUUCAGGUCGCCAAAUGGCGCAGAAGAUGUUGGUCUGACGUACGUCGCCAAACUGACGUCUGAACACUAG